GAAAAAGCAUUUUAAGUCUGCUGAAAUUGAACUGCUGCUUGCGCAGAGCAGAAACUAGACCGUCAUUAGGAAGUUUAGAUAUCAAGUCAAGAGUGAAAGAACAUUUUCUUCAAGCUGGCCGGCAAGCAGUGUUUUAAGCAGCAUGAAUCCUCUGUUCGGUACCUUGUUAUUCUCCCUGUUACUUCUCCUAACCCUCAGGAUUCAAGAGCUGAUAGAAGCUUGCAGCUGCGCUCCUGCUCAUCCACAGCAGCUCAUCUGCGAUUCUGCUUUAGUGAUUCGAGCAAAAAUUUCCAGUGAAAAGGUAGUUCCAGCUAAUGAUGACCCUCUUGACACUCACAAGAUGAUCCAAUAUGAAAUCAAACAAAUCAAGAUGUUUAAAGGAUUUGAAAAAUUGAAAGAUGUUCAAUAUGUGUACACACCUUUUGAUUCUUCUCUCUGUGGUGUGAAAUUAGAAGCCAAUAACAAGAAGCAAUAUCUCCUAACAGGACAAAUUUUAAAUGAUGGCAAAGUUCUUAUCCAUUUGUGCAAUUACAUUGAACCAUGGGAUGAUCUGACACUUUCUCAAAAGAAAAGUCUAAAUCAGAGAUACCAAAUGGGCUGCGGAUGUAAAAUUUCGGCCUGUUACACAGUGCCCUGCUCCAUCACUACACCAAAUGAAUGUUUGUGGGUAGACUGGCUGAUAGAGAGGAAGCUCUAUGGGCACCAAGCAAAACAUUACGCCUGUAUCAAGCGCAAUGAUGGAACAUGCAGUUGGUAUCGAGGUGGCCCUCUUCCGGAAAAAGAGUUUAUUGAUAUGAGUGAACCAUGAAUUACGUUAAUUUCUUGCAAUGCUGUUUUGGUCAUUGCUUUGAACUUCCAACGUCUAUCUGUUACUUAGAAACAGAAACAAAUUUUGCUGUGUAAAGUUCAGUGUUCAUAGAAUUGGCAUCCAGAAAAGAGGAGGAGCUGUCUCUUGGAGAUAGCUGCUCUCUACGUUUCUUUUUAUAGA